UAAAUAGUCCCGGCCUCCCCUCACCACCGCCAAUGUCACAAGUCGCCGUCGCCUCCGCUGCGUCCUCUCACUCUCAACGCGACGCAAUCCGAUCGCAUCCGGCCCGAUAAUCGAUACCGAUCGAUCUGCUGCUCAUCGGCUAUAAUCGAAGAGGAGACGAAGACGACGACGAUGAUGAUGAUGGCGAUGGCGACCGCUGGUGGCUUGUUGAGGCGCGGAGCCGUUCGGGCGGCCUCGGCUCGGGCGCUUUGCGCGCAGCCGCCAGCGCCGGCAAAGGCCUCGCCAGCCGCACCCAAGGCACAGUUCCGUGUCCCCGGCUAUCGGCCCACGCCCAUGGACAGGAGGCUGCUGCUGUGGUCGGGGAGGUUCAAGAAGGAGGAUGAUAUCCCGGAGACGGUCACCGUGGAGAUGAUUGAGGCUGCCCGGAACAAGCUGCGAAUCCGCGCUUGCUACGUCAUGAUCGGGAUCACCGUUGUGGGCUGCCUCCUGAUGGUGAUCUCUGGCAAGAAGGCGGCUAAGAGAAACGAGUCUCUGAGUGGCUGGAACCUGGAUAAAAAGGCUCAGCUCAAGGAUGAGGCACAGAAGGAAAGCGCGGAGGCCAUGAAGGCGGCAUGAGGAGGAGGAGCGUAUGGGGGGGCGCACGCAGACAUGGAGAGAGAUGAGCCGGAGAUGACCCCGAGACUCACUCAGAGACGUGCUGGGAUACUCACUCGGAGACUCCACAAAGACUCGCACAGAGACCCAGAUUCACUCGGGGACUCGCUCAGACUUGGAGACCCACGGAUUCGAACAGAAACCGGUCUCCGAAUGAAUCUAAUCCCAAGAUCUCAGCAGUGCAGACUGGUGUCUUGGACACGGCCAUUAUGACCCCACAGUGGCUAGGAGAUGUUAACUACAUCGCCUGGUACGCAGGAGCUCUCGCGGGGUUCCAUCCCGGACCCCGACUGAUGGCCUCGCUGCUCUACAUUUGGAGUUUGCAUGGCUCUCUCUCGCCCCCCUCUGUGGCACGUGGACUUGCCACACCAAGCAGUGGAGCGAGCCUGCCGUCUGUCUCUCUCCGUGUCAGCCUUUCCUUCUAAGCCGUGGGGGUAGCUUGGAGGUGAGCUUUGCCUCACCCGGCCACAACAGUCAGCCCCCGGCUAUGACCCCUGGCCCCGACCCCCUUGCCUUGUAACCCCAACCCGUAACAUGGACCCCCAACUCUGAGCCCUGACUCUCUCAAACCCUGACCUCUAACCCCGAGCCCUGACCUCUAGCCAAGCACUCUGCAAGGGAGGGGCUGUGCGCGUUAUUUGGUCGUCGUCACUGCUGCUGCUACUGCAGCAUUGUAAUCUUUUGGGAUUCUAAAUGAUAAUUAUUAUAUAAUGUUACUAUAACGUUAUUAUUAUUAAACGGAAUUGUUUCCUUGCCA